AAUGGAUAGAUAGAGAUUUUGGAGUCUUGUGGCUUCUGAACAGAAUCACACAGUCCACAUGAACAAACCAAACUGAGAACACUAAUUUCCCACAUCACUCUUUAACAAUAGAAGAACAAGGAAAGAAGAUAAUGGUGGUGGCAUGUGAAACAUGAAGAGGAUUCUAUUAUUAUGCAUCUUCAAUGGCAUCAUUAUGUCAUAAUGCCUUUUCAUUUUCACAUACCAAACUUUUCCCUAUCAUGUUAAAGCCAUCUUUCAGAUGCUCCUCCAUUACUACUCAUUCCACACCUUCCUACAAUUCCCUUGUUUUUGAGACUGUUAGGCUAUUGGGUCCUCCAGCGAAAUUUGAAGCUUCGAAACUGAAGGUUGUUCUAUUGGAAGAUCAGAUAAACAGAUAUGCAAGUAUUAUUCCAAGAACCUACAUUCUAUCCCACUGUGACUUAACAGCUAAUCUCACUUUAGCUGUUUCCAAUAUCAUCAAACUCGAGCAGUUGAGAGGGUGGUACCAAAAGGAUGAUGUUGUAGCUGAAUGGAAGAAGGUGAAAAAUGAAAUGUGCCUACAUGUUCAUUGCUUUGUUAGUGGUCCUAAUUCCUUCCUAGAUCUCACUGCUGAAUUUAGAUAUCACAUUUUCUCCAAGGAAAUGCCUUUGGUACUCAAAGCAAUUCAAUGCGGAGAUUCUGCACUUUUCCACGAGCAUCCAGAAUUGCUGGAUUCUAUCGUUCGAGUAUAUUUCCAUUCUAGCUCAAAAAUAUACAACAGAAUGGAAUGUUGGGGGCCUUUAAGGGAUGCAAUGGAGGGAAGACGAGGCGAUCAGUUACAAGGGUUGAUAAACAGAGAUCGUCCUCCUGAAGAAUGGAGAAGUCCAAUGUCCACAUUCCAAGCUCUUUUUGCUUUUCUUCUUUCAAAUGUAUUACUGGUAACUUGGUUGAUUUGCUUAUAUCCCGAUUCUUUCCUCAGCUAGAGCUUUGGGUGGGUUUAGACGAAGCAGAAGUCAGGUUGCAAAAAUGACUGUAAGAGGAAAUUGUAAAAUUGCACAAAAACACAUUACUUGUGCAAUAAAGGAAAAUUCAUUUUAUGAAUUAUGUAAUUAUUAAGCAAAGGAAUUAACAGAUUGGAUUCAAUCCCACUCAAAGAUAUGGCCUUGAUUUUAGUUUUUCAGUCUUAUUUUCUAUAAUUGAUUUGUGCUUAAGAUUUGUAUUCAUUGAUGUGCCACUUAUCAAAUGCAAGACACUUUACCCGGAUCACCUGUAGUUGCCAAAGUGC